AUGCCUAUUUUGUUGCGCGCGAAAGAGACCGCUAUCGUUACGUGCUAUUGUGGCCUCAAGGGGAUUGACGAUUGGCGCAAGCGGCGCCACUCGGCGUUCUCUGUGGAGCUCUUUCGAGUUUUGCCAAAAGUCUGGCUGAGCUAUUUUCGGGAUAUGUGA